GCUUGACAACAAAGCAGCCUGUAACGGACAGACGGCGUCCUAGGAAACUAAAUCUCUGCCCUGUUCUAAUGUGGUGUCCACAGAUGAGUUUCUGAGUUAAACUAAAGGUUCAAAGAUUGAUUUAAAUCAACAGUUUAAUAAGUUAAAGUUGUACAAAUGUCAACAUGUCGUCGAAGACAGACCAACUUCUCAUCGUUGUGUCCAUCCUGGAAGGUCGUCACUUCCCGAAGAGUCCCCGGCUCAGUCUGGUGGUCCAGGCGAGCUUCGAUGGCGAGCAGCUGGCCACAGACCCGGUGGAGCACAGAGACCAGCCGCUCUUCAGCACUGAGCUGGCCUGGGAGCUGGACCGCAGGACGCUGCACCAACACAGAUUGCAGAGAACUCCCAUCAAGCUUCAGUGUUUUGCUGUCGACUCUGUGAGCAAGAAGAAAGAGAGCGUUGGCUACAUCAUCCUCGACCUCCGAUCUGUACAAGAGGUCAGACAGGAGCCUCGCUGGUAUCCAUUGCUGAGCAGUAAAUACACCAAACAGAGACCAGCCCUCCUCCUCAGCAUGGCGCUGGAGAACGACACCAAGCCGUCCGAGCCCUCACCUGAUAGGUUCAAAGCCAAGAAGGCCCCGCCCCGACAAGGCUCUCCCGCAGUAACUGACCUCCUGCCAGACAAGCUGGAAGCCACGCUGAUCCCAGACCAGGGUUACCAUCAGGUCGGACCUGCAGAUCACUGCUCCGACAUGUUCAUCCUGUCCGUCACUGUGGCCUUUGCUACCAAACUAGAGCAGUUGAUCCCCAGCACUAUGAAGCUGUCCGCGGAGGGGUCGGAGUUCUUCUUCUACUACUCUUUACUGGGGAACGACAUCACCAGCGAGCCUUUCCACAACCUGCUGAGCCCCGACUUCGAGCCGGAGCGCGCCUCUGUGCGCCUCCGCAGCAGCAAACAGAUCCUGCAGACCUUCCUGUCUCAGCAGCCCAGUUUAGAGAUCCACCUGUGCUGUGGGAAUCACUCUCUGGGCAGCACAGACGUCUCUCUCUCAGCUCUGGCUGCUCUGUCUGUGGAUCUGGAGAACAAGGCAGCGACAGUGGAGGGAGCUUUUAUACUCCAACCUCCUAAACGCACCAAGCAGGCGCUGCCGGCUCUGCCUGCCGACCUGCAGCCGACUGUGGGGGUGGCUGUUAGCCUGAGGAGGGAGGAGGUCACACCACAGUCUUUAGGGACUAGAGAAGGAGGUGGAGCUCAGACACACUCCAGCCCUCCUCCCUCUGCUCCUCCUGUUGUCCAGAGACCUCGAAGCUCUUCUCCAAUCCGAAAACCUCCUGACUCUUCUCCACCUGGUCCUCCUCUUCCUCCUCAUUCCUCUCAUACCGAGAGCGAAGUAGAGAGUCUGCUGGAGGAGCUUCAACGUGACAAAGCGCAGGCAGGACUGGCAGCUGCAGAUUUGGAGGUCCCUGUGCAGCCGCAGAGUCAGACUGAAGCAACAGCAGAAGGUGGAGCAUCAUCUGUCAGUGUCUCUGCUCCCAAAGUGUCCAUUCCUCCCUCCGCCCACCACUACUGCUUCUCUCUGGACCUCCGCAGCCUAGGGAACCUCAGCCUGACGCACCCCAUCGCUGCUACGCUCAGGUAUUCCUAUCAGUUCUUUGGCAGUGCAGCCCCCAUCAUGACCAACCCUCCUGUGGAGCUGCAGAGGAACAUGGAGGUGUCUCUGCCUCAGUCGUACUGCGCCUUCGACUUUGCUGCUCUGCCGCAACAACUGCAGGACACUUUCCUCAGGGUUCCUCUGGUGGUGGAGGUUUGGCACAGAGACUCCACCAGCAGAGACCAGCUGAUAGGACGAGCCUCCGUCCAGCUGUCUCACCUGCUGAGCUCGGAGAGGAGCAAAGUCCUGGCAUCAACAGGAGAGCACAGCUGGAGGCAGACUCACCAGGAUCGCAUCCCCGUGGUCAGAACACACCGCCCCAGUGAGAGGGUGGCAGAGCUGAGCUACGUGGCAACACUGGAGGACCUGGGGUUGGUUAAAGCCAGAGAGGUCAUCGUGUCUGACUCUUCACAGAAUGAACCUGCACAGCUGUCCUCCCACCCUGCAGCACCCAGACCGGCUGCACCCAGCCUUACCCCGGCCCCGCUGGGCCCCACGGCUCCAACAGCUCCCAGAGACACCCUGGAGUACCGCACGGCCCUGGAGCUGGAGAUGUGGAAGGAGGAGCAGGAGGAUCUGUUUGAUGAUCAGCUGAGGAAGAAGGAGCUGAGCCACAUGAGAGCUCUGGCAGAGGAGUGGAGGAGGAGAGACAGAGAGAGAGAAGCACUGGUCAAGAAGAAGGAGGUGGAGUAUAACGUGUUGGAGGAGCAGCUUCAGAAGACUCUGUCUGAUCUGGAGAAAAGAGAGAAGCAGCUGGCUGCGGCCGAGCUGGAGACUCAGAGGCUGCAGAGGGAGCUGCGAGCUGAACACGAUCUGACCCAGAGGGAGCUGCAGGAGAGCAGCAGGAGGCUGCAGCAGGACUGUGACCACCGGGUGGCGCUGGAGAGAGACAAAGUGCGCCUGAUGGAGGAGGAGAGAGGCCGGCUGCUGCAGCAGAUUGCAGACGCUGAGGCUCGGUAUAAACAGCUGGAGAAAGAGUUCCAGCUCUACAGAGAACAACAGAACAUCAGACCUGAGUUCAGACUGCAGUCAGAGAUCAACUUGCUCACUCUGGAGAAGGUGGAGUUGGAGAGGAAGCUGGAGUCCACCACCAAGUCCAAGCUGCACUACAAGCAGCAGUGGGGGCGCGCCUUAAAGGAGCUGGCCAGAUUCAAACAGCGGGAGCAAGAAAACGCCAUGACACGUCUCAAGAAGCAGCAGGCGGAGCUUGAGGCCAUGAGGCUGCGUUACCUAGCUACGGAGCAGAAGGAGGCGGUGAACCAGGACAGACAGGAGCUGGACGAUAUCAGGAACGAACUCAACAGAUUGAAGCAGCAGGAGGAGGACAGGUUAGGCCCCGCCUCGUCCCUGUGUGGCCCCGCCCCUGCUCAGAGCGUUAAUGAGAGUGCUGACGAACACUUGAGCCGCCUGUUGGAGGAGAGAGACACUUUGCUGAGGACCGGCGUGUACACCCAUGAAGACAGAAUCAUCGCUGAGCUCAACAGACAGAUACAGGACGCCAUGAGGGACAGAGGCAAUCUCUGACGUCCAAUCAAAAGACAUGCCUGAGACGGCAGGUGAACCAGCACGUUUACACGGAAACCCUGCUGAGUUCUGAGGCUGUUAACACCUGUUUUCAUCCAGUCAACGUUGCCUUAAAUCAGAAACAAAUGAAGUUCUGUGGUCACUUCACACAUUGAUGUACGAGUGUGAAUGAGCUCUGACAGCUGUUUGUGAUCAUUCUUUACAGUGUGUCUUUUCUAUCACACAGUAUGUAGAGAAGAAGUGAGUACAGGGAUCAGUAUAUCUCACAGGUUUAAAUACGUACAUGUUUGUAUUUAAGAUAGACUUGACCCUGUCCUUUAAAGGAUCAUUCCACUAGUUUUGCAUGUCUGAACCUUUAAAAACACAAACAUGUUUCCAUCAACGUUUCUUUUCCGGCAGAAAGUUUUCAUUUUAUGAGCUGCUGAUGCGUUCAAGGACAGUCUGACAUCUCAGAAUCCACACAAACUAUUCACAGUGCUCACUGUGGCUGAAAGUAUGAGUUGAUUUAUCGCUCAUUUGAUUGUCAGAAUGUUUACAGUGUUAAAUAUUAACAGUUUGUUGGACUUGUGGUCAGUUUGAAGACAUGCUGCACUCUGAGAGUUUGUAGAUAUUUAUUUUAGAAACUAAAUGGUUGAUCGAUGAGAAAAUAACUGCUAAAUUCAUCCACAUUUUCUCAAGUAAAACAAUAAUUUUGCUGAAUUAUCUCUCCAGAUAGUUUCCAUGGACAUGAACUCAAACCAGUGUCUGCCUGAAAGGAAUUUGAAGAUUAAAACUAAGAAACUAUUUGUUAAAUCAAUUUUUAACAAACUCCCAGAUGAUGGAACAUAUACGUCAUAUACACAUGAAGGACUAAAACCUGCAAAACCAGUGCACUGUUCCUUUAAAUGUGAUUGUUUGAGCAUCAGAGGGUUAAAAUCUGAAGCAUUGUAAAGUUUUUAGAGGAGUGAUGAGUUUGUGUACAGUCUGUAAAAUAUUAGUGAUGCUUGUCGUGAUGAGGUUUUUAAUCUGACAGCAGGUGGCGUCGCAGCCUCAGAAACAAACGCUCCUCUGACCUGCACAAGCUGUGAAACAUUAACUUAUUUUAUCAUCAGAGCAGAGACCAUUUCUGUGUUUGUCUGCAAUAAAUUAUAUUUGGAUAAAAUCUGCUGUGUGAAUGCUGGUUUCUUGUUAUUUUCUCAUGGAGAUGUUUUAAUGUAUUUCUGAUUAAUUAAAGAUAUUUAAGAACAGAGACAGAGAAAUGUUUGCGCUGUUAAAAUAAAUGAAUCAUUUGCUGGUUUUUUUUCUGUGGUUCACACAUUUUGUAAAUACUGAUGUAUUUUAAUGUGUCAUGUUUAAGUAGAUGCAGAAAUAUGAAGUGAUUAAAUAUUAAACUGAUUAACAGCUGAGGCACGCAGAACAAAACUGAAUAUUUACUUAUUUGAAUUAAAACACACAAGAUUAAUUCUAAAUCAUAAUGACUGAUGUGUUUCUGAUUAAACAGAGUUUUUUUGUGUGUGUCUGUUACUUUAUUUUUAACCUCCCACUCUGCUUGGUUUAAAGCUUUUUGAAAAUUAAUUGUUUAGGGGCGUUGGUGGCUUAGUGGUAGAGCAGGCGCCCCAUGUACAAGGCUGUUGCCACAGCGGCCUGGGUUCAAAUCCAGCCUGUGGCCCUUUGCUGCAUGUCAUCCUCUCUCUCUUUCUCCCUCUCCCCCUUUCACACUUGUCUGUCCUGUCCAUUAAAGGCAAAAUGCCCAAAAAUAUCUUUAAAAAUUUGUUUAAUUGAAGCAGUGAAUUUCUAUGACGUGAUGAAAUUUGUCACAUGACAUCAUAGACUUCUUGUUUUUUAUUA